CUCUUCCAACUAUGCACAGGUCACAUAGCCCUCAACAAAUACCUUCACCAUAUAGCGAAAGCCCCAUCAGCCACAUGCCAAGAAUGCCACUCACACGAAGAAACGGUUCACCAUUUCCUACUCAUUUGCCUCAGAUUCACCAGACAGAGAGCUGCACUCAGCAUGGAGGUGGGGCCAAGGCAGCUCCAUGUCAAGUACCUCCUAAACGAUGCCAAAGGAAUCAAAGCUACACUCAAAUACAUAGCGUGCACCAAAAGAAUGGAACCAAUCUUCAGAAAUGUG